AAUACAGAAAAAGCGGUGAGGCGUCGUUCGUAUUCAAAUUCCGAAGCUCUCUCACAGAGUUCGGUGAGAAAGAGAACCAUGGAGAUGGAGAGUGGCUCCAUGGAAACCCGCGAGGAGGGAUCAAAAUUAGGGUUAGGGUUUCCGUACUGGAUCCCCUCACGUCGGAGGUUCAAACCCGACGAUCUCUUCUUCGCCGCGGGAAACACGGAGCGCGAGCUCCUCGCCAAGCACGUUGCACUAGAUCUCACAGAAGAUGAGCGAUAUCAGCUUCAGAAAAUGGAAGUUGCAGGCGCCAACACUGUGUUUUGCCCAAUUGCUGGGUGUGGUGCACGGUUGGAUUAUCUAGAGGACUUUGAGGAUCACUAUAGAACCCGUCACACCGCCUCAUGCUCGGUGUGCUUUAGAGUCUAUCCAACAUCCCGUCUACUGAGUAUACAUGUUUCGGAAGCACACGAUUCCUUUUUCCAGGCUAAAGUUGCUCGCGGUUACCCAAUGUAUGAAUGCUUGGUGGAAAGCUGUGGAGUUAAGCUGAAGAGCUACAAAAGCCGCCAACAGCACCUCGUGGACAAACACAAAUUUCCUACCACAUUCGAGUUCUACAAGAAGGCACGGCCAUCAAAGCACCGACGUGAAAAAAAUCAGCGCAAGCAAGCUUUGUACAAGAGCGAGGAAACAAAAGAGAAGUAUAUGGAUGUUGAUGAGAAAACUCAAAAAAAGAUGCAUCAAAUAUAUAAACCAAAACAACCCAAAGAAGCAAAGGAGACGGAAAUGGAAGUUGAAGAGAAGAUAGAUGAUCUUGUCUCAGCCGUGUCUAAGCUGAGCACGUCGGACUCUUCUCCUUCAUCUGUAAGCUUCGGUCAUCGCCACGCGCGCGGCUUUGCUUUUGUCCCUCGGUCUAUUCGACAAAGUAGGAAGCAAGUUUCUCAACCCGAAGCACAGGGAUAGCGGUUAUCCUUACACAAGUGUUCAUGGUAUCGCACCUUCACAUUGUUGACUUUCUUUUCCCAUCAUUAAAGCUUGUUUGGUCUGGUUGGAGCUUUCGCAGAAGUAUUAUUGAAGUAGAGCUACUCAGAGAAGCUCUUAUAUGUUUCUCACUAAGAUCAUUUCAAGUUCGUGAGUUAGAAUUGAGAAACUUCACUAAGAGGUCGCGUUCGUCGUGGACAAGUUGUGUGAGAUCAAGAAAAGAAAUCGACGUCAUCCCUUUCUCGCAAGGACGGCUAUGGCGAAAUGUUCCCUUACCACAAACAUAUAAUGAGUUUAUAUUCAUGAUCCUUUUGUUUACUUCGUUUCGGAAAUCAUUUAGAUGUUUGUAUUUCGCUAAUCUUUCACCGAAAUAUAUUAUAGAAAACUCUUUUGCAUUUGCUUGCUUUGUACAUUGACUUUGCUUAA